AUGGCCACGGACGCCCUCGUGAUUCUUUCCUCCAAGACGGCUGCCACGGAGCGAUCUAUAAUUACGCUCAUAUUGCGUCUCAUGUUUGCCUUGUCGGAGCUGCACCAGCUGCUCGGCAAGUCCGACAGUGACCUGCUCAAGAUCAUCAGCAUCGGCGCUGGCGCCUGGGGCAGCGUCUUUGCUGCUCUGCUGCAGGACGCCUACGGACACUUCAGGGAGAAGGUGCACAUACGGGUGUGGCGCCGGCCGGGGCGGGCUGUGGACCGGUCCACUGCCGAGCAUCUCUUCGACGUGAUCAACUCCAGGGAGGACAUGCUGAGGCGCCUCAUCCGCCGCUGCGCCUACCUCGAGUACGUUGACGCACGGCUGGGAGACCGGACCCUGUACGCCGAUGAGAUCUUGAGGGAUGGGUUCUGUUUGAACAUGGUCGACACGCCCCUCUGCCCGUUGAAGGUGGUCACCAACCUGCAGGAAGCGGUCUGGGAUGCUGACAUUGUGGUGAAUGGCCUGCCAUCCACUGAAACGCACUGCGUGUUUGCAGGGGUUGCAAGUGCAACACACAUCAGCGCCAAGUGCAACACACAUCAGCAAAUAAAAAAGAAGACUGCGUUCUUACAUGUCCACCUCGUUCCUAGUCAUGGAUUGGCCAUCGCUAAUUUCUCCCUCUAG